AUGUGGGGUUUGAGUUUGAUCAAAGGUGUGGUGUCUACUAGGCAAAGGCAACAGCAACCUCUUGAUGUAACCCUGUGCUGCUUAUCCAUCUUUCAACUACUGCUGCUGGAUUCCGUGAGUGGAGUUGGAGUAAACUGGGGAACUCAGGCAACGCAUCCUUUGCUUCCUUCCACGGUGGUUAACAUGCUCAGGGACAACGGUGUUCAGAAGGUUAAGCUAUUUGAUGCUGAUUCAACAACUCUAACUGCUCUUGCUAAUUCUGGGAUUCAAGUCAUGGUGGGCAUUCCCAAUGAGAUGCUCUACGAUCUGGCUAAUAGUGAGAAAGCUGCUGACAAUUGGGUGGCCAAGAACGUCUCCUCCCAUAUCUCUUCUGGUGGCGUAGACAUAAGGUACGUUGCAGUUGGAAAUGAGCCAUUCUUGCCGACAUACAAUGGAACUUUUCUGGCAACAACUCUUCCUGCUCUUCAAAAUAUCCAAUCAGCUUUAAGAAAAGCCGGACUAGACACUCGGGUGAAAGUCACCGUUCCCCUCAAUGCCGAUGUAUAUGAGAGUCCAACAAAUCUCCCAUCUGAUGGUAACUUCCGUUCAGAUAUCCAAGAUCUCAUGCUAUCGAUUGUCAAGUUCUUGAGCGACAAUGGGGCUCCGUUCAUUUUUCCCCCUGGCUUUGCCUUCUUUGGCAACAAUUCUUCUCCCUUGAACGACCGUGGAACGAUCUAUGACAAUGUGUUCGAUGCGAAUCAUGACACCCUUGUAUGGUCCUUGCAGAAAAAUGGAUAUGGAAACAUGUCCAUUGUCAUCGGGGAAAUAGGGUGGCCUACUGACGGAGAUAAAAAUGCAAACUUGAACUAUGCACAGCAGUUCAACCAAGGGUUUAUGAGUCGUGUCAUUGCCGGUAAGGGAACCCCAUUGCGCCCUGGCCCUGUGGAUGCCUAUUUGUUUAGUCUCAUAGAUGAAGAUGCCAAAAGCAUUCAGCCUGGUAAUUUUGAGCGCCACUGGGGAUUAUUUUACUUCGAUGGACAGCCUAAGUAUACAAUAAGCCUGGGGACAACGAAUUCAAACGGUCUGGUACCAGCAAAGGGUGUGCGUUAUUUACCUCGACGAUGGUGUGUUAUGUCUCCAUCAGCUAGUCUGGAUGAUCCACAGGUUGCAGCAAGUGUGAGCUAUGCUUGUGCUAAUGCAGACUGUACCAGUCUUGGGUAUGGGACCUCUUGCUCUGAUUUGGAUGCACGGGGCAACAUCUCCUAUGCAUUUAACAGUUACUACCAGCAGAAUGAUCAACUUGAAACGGCUUGUAAGUUCCCAAAUAGUCUUUCGAUUGUUACAAAUAGUGACCCCUCUACUGGAACCUGCAAAUUCAGGAUCAUGAUUCAAGGUGAAAUAAUCACCUCUGGUGUUGAAGCUGGUGGAAGAAGGUUUUUAAUGUCUAGUUUGGCACCGUUGGUCUUCCACACUUCCACCACCUUCAGACCAGACGGUCCAGGCUUAGGGACAAAUGCUUCAAGAUUUUUACUCAAGACAAGUGCUCAUUCUACGUCUUGA